AUGAGCGCAUUUUUCGUGGUGUUACAAGGACUAAUGUACUUCUUGCACAGGUAUGCAUAUGAGUACGAGGUCGCGCACGGUGCUGAUACUUUACAGAUGGACUUGAUCAAAUCCAAUUACUUCACGCCCCCCAUCAUCAUCCUACAAACCGUUAUGAAAGAAGUCCGUCAUCGGUCAUUACCCUUGUAUAGUCGCCUCAAGGCCCUCACGACAACUGACGAGCGGAAAGUAUGGGUAUUUUACAAUGAGUUCAGGUCAGACUACUAUCGUGUGCGAGAAGACGACGAGACGCCGAACGACUGGAAUGAUCGAGGUGUCAGGAAAGCCGCAGAGUGGUACAACACGCAUCUAACACUAGCACACCCUAUCGGGAGGGGGCUUCGUGGUCGCACCCCUGCAAACGUCCCCGCCGCUUCCGGCGUGUUGGGGGGGUGGCUUUGCCCCUCUCAAACUGGGGGGGGUCGCUUUCAGGGUGGUCGUUUCGUCCGUCUCAGUGAGGGUCGUGCCUUUGUCAUCGCUUAUUAAUCACUUUUUGUCCCAGUCCAAAGCCAUGCUCCUUGUCAAUGUCAUUCCAUCCAUGGUCUCACGACAUCAUCGCAUCAAGAUCCCGGCGACAUAUGAGCAAAAUACUCGAAAAUCAUGGACGCGUUUUCAUCAGACCGCGGGAAAUUUUGGCCUCAUAUCUUUGUCGUGCUCCUCGUCUUGCUCUGUCCAUCCAUGGUCUUGUGUCAUCUUCUCGUCGCAUUCCCAGCCGCAUACAGUCAUAAUGCU